CUGAAUGAAGCCUCCGCCAUAAAAAGUGCGCCGUCGUGAGGCGGUCCCUCCCUCUCUGCCUCCGUCCGUCGGCCAGGCUACAGCUUCAUUCAACCUCCACCUCCACCUCCACCUGCACCAGAAAACCAAUCAUGUCCGAGAAACUACCCUACAAAGUUGCUGACAUCAGCCUGGCUGAAUGGGGACGCAAGGCCACCGACAUCGCGGAGAACGAGAUGCCCGGCCUCAUGAAGAUGAGGGAGAUGUACGGCCAGUCCAAACCCCUGAAGGGCGCUCGCAUCGCCGGCUGCCUCCACAUGACCCUGCAGACGGCCGUCCUCAUCGAGACGCUCACGGCCCUCGGAGCUGAGGUUCAGUGGUCGAGCUGCAACAUCUUCUCCACUCAGGAUCACGCCGCCGCCGCCAUCGCCAAGGCCGGCAUUCCAGUUUACGCCUGGAAGGGAGAGACGGAUGAGGAGUACGUCUGGUGCAUCGAGCAGACGAUUUACUUCAAAGACGGCAAGCCCCUCAACAUGAUCCUGGACGACGGCGGAGACCUCACCAACAUGGUCCACACCAAGUACCCCAAACUGCUGGCAGGUAUCCGUGGAGUGUCUGAGGAGACUACAACAGGCGUCCACAACCUGUACAAGAUGAUGAAGAAGGGCGAUCUGAAGAUCCCCGCCAUUAACGUCAACGACUCCGUCACCAAGAGCAAGUUCGACAACCUGUACGGCUGCAGGGAGAGUCUGAUCGACGGCAUCAAGCGCGCCACCGACGUGAUGAUCGCCGGGAAGGUUGCCGUGGUUGCGGGUUACGGUGACGUCGGUAAAGGCUGCGUCCAGGCCCUGCGAGGGUUCGGUGCUCGUGUCAUCGUCACCGAGAUCGACCCCAUCAACGCCCUGCAGGCGGCCAUGGAAGGCUACGAAGUCACCACCAUGGACGAGGCUUCCAAAGAAGGAAACAUCUUCGUCACGACCACCGGCUGUGAGGACAUCAUCCUGGGCCGUCACUUCGAGAACAUGAAAGACGACGCCAUCGUUUGUAACAUCGGGCACUUCGACUGUGAGAUCGACAUGAGCUGGCUCAUCAAAAACGCUGCUGAGAAGAUCAACGUGAAGCCUCAGGUCGAUCGCUUCCGUAUGAAGAACGGCCGCCACAUCAUCGUCCUGGCCGAGGGACGGCUGGUGAACCUCGGCUGUGCCAUGGGACACCCAUCAUUCGUCAUGAGCAACUCCUUCACCAACCAGGUGCUGGCUCAGAUUGAGUUGUGGACGAACACAGCCAAAUACCCCCUGGGAGUUUACUUCCUGCCCAAGAAGCUGGACGAGCAGGUGGCGGCCGCUCACCUGGACAAACUCGGGGUGAAGCUCACCAAGCUGUCGGACAAGCAGGCCAAGUACCUGGGCCUGCCCGCCGAGGGGCCCUUCAAACCGGACCACUACCGCUACUGAGCCCCGGAGUCUGAGGAAGAGGAGGAGGAAGAGGAGGAAGAGGCCACGACGGGGUCGGGGUCCCGGUGUCGCUGGGAGCACUUUGAGCUUUUAACCAGGUUGCACUGUAGCUGUUUUAUCUCAGAUUCAGGGACGGUUGUGUCUUCCCCCCAAUAAAUGGCCUUUUGUAACAAAUGUACUUUCAUCUAUUGAUUUGAGGUGAUUUUUUGCAAAUCUUUAUUUGCCAUUUAAAGCAUAAAACCUCCCUAAAAAAUGGACCUAGUAAAGAUAAAGUUUGCGAUGCUUUUCAGCUUUAAGACACGUUCACCUCGUCUUCUGCUCAGCGACGCACCGACCGUCACCGUCUCUCUCGCCUCAAAGCUCUUCUGAAACGCCAUCAAGUGCUACGUGGAUGUUUUUCAUGAUAAUUCCUCUCGUUGUCUGUCAUUCCCUCUUCAUUUGUGGAACAGUAGAAACCCUGGUACCAGGCUUAAGGAUCGGAGGUUAGAACGUCGUUUCUGUGAGGCAUUUAUUCCUACGCUGCCUUCUGUUAGCACUUAGUCAGAUAAACGUUGUACUUGAACUGUGUGGGCGUGCUCAUUAACGGCUCCCCGGGCGUUUCACCGCUCAUCCAGGUCCAGGAGAGACGAGAGGCGGCGCUGCCAAAGACACCAAAGCCUUUUCAGUUCUUGCCUCACCUGUAAAAGUCUUAUUCUUUUUUUGUUUCCUACUUUUUCUUUUCUUUGUGAUUUUAUUUAAUUUGACUCGGAGGGCCAAAUAUGCACACCAUCCUUCCUUCUCUCGGUUUAUUUUCUCUCUCAUUGGUCUGUGUGAAAUCCAUUUGGGUUUUUUCUGAUCGUGGAUGUAAACGGCUCAGGUCGAGGUCAAAGUGUCACGGUUGUCAACGGUUACGGCCUGAAAUAAGAGUUCAGCCAUUCACGAGUGAGGGUUCGAUGUUGAAACUGUUAAAUGUGAAGAGAAAUAAAAAAAUACCUGAAAUGAA